AGGUCUUCUUAGGGAAAAUAAAUUACGAGUUUUACUACCAUCUGUGAUCUCUUGCAGAUGCUAGCGACAUGGCCGCAAUACUCCUUGAUCACACACCCCACACAAUCGAGAGUUUGCCCUACGGCGUCGUCUCGACUUCGGAGAGACCUGACCCACGAUGUGCUGUGGCUAUCGGCAACCAUGUCAUUGAUCUGCUUGAAUACUCUCGAGCAGGAGCGCUUUCGCAGCUCAAGAACACGGGCAGGAGGUUCGAGGAACUAUUUGCACAGCCGUGCCUCAACGAGUUCGCAGCUCUGCCUUGGGCGACACGGAAAGCAGUCAGAGCGCGACUUCAGCAAGACCUUCGAUCAGGUAACAUCCCAGCAUCUUCUGUGAUAGAGUUAGAGGAUGUCACUUCUCAUUUGCCAUUCAAAAUUGGCGGUUUCAGCGACUUCUAUACAUCGCUGGACCACUGCAAAAAUUGCUCCGGCGAGCUGACAACAGCAGGCAUAGCCAGGAAUUGGUGGUAUGCCCCAUCAGUAUACAACAGUCGCGUUUCCUCGGUCGUGCCGACUCCGACACAAAUUCGUCGGCCUAAGAAUGUAUACUACACUCAAGGGCUUGACAGUGAGCCGGCGUACGGACCUACACGCAAACUCGAUUUUGAGCUCGAGAUGGGCUUCUUCGUCAGCAAGCCCAUUCCUUUUGGCGAGACCAUGCCCAUCGAUGAGGCGAAGGAACACAUAUUUGGGUUUGUGAUGUUGAAUGAUUGGUCGGCAAGGGACCAUCAAUUAUUUGAGAUGCGACCGCUAGGUCCCUUCCAUAGCAAGGGCUUCGGCACCAGCAUCUCCAACUGGGUCGUCCCGAUCGAGGCGCUGGAACCCUUCUCAUGCGCACCUCAUCUCGACCAAAAUCCCAAGCCCUUCGAGCACCUGACAUGGCCUACAGGCAAUGAUGAUGGCGCGCUUGAUAUUAAAUUGAAAAUCAAACUUGUUCGAGACGGCGAAGAGCACACGCUGGGCACUUCAAAUCUGAAGUAUCUGUACUGGACGCCAUUCCAGCAACUCACGCAUCACGCUGCAAGUGGCUGUGGCAUGGCGACGGGCGAUCUCAUCGGUACCGGUACCAUCUCGGGUAGCGGAGUGAACGAAAAGGGUGAGAUGGCAGAGCUGGGCUGUUUGUAUGAAGCGGAGCGAACCAAGACGUCGGUACUUCCGCAAGGUACUGGUAGGUACCAGGCGGGCUAUUUGGAAGAUGGCGAUGAGAUUGUUCUUGAGGGCUGGUGUGAAGAUGACCAGGGUCGCACAGUUUUUGGGUUUGGUCAGAGUCGUGGCCAAAUCAUCCCACCGAAGAGUGCUUAGGAGUCAUCCAUCGCAGCUGCUCUCCGAAUAACGAUCGAUAUAUUUUUGCAUCGCAGUGGCAAUUUUCGGUCGAUGCUCCGCAAGGCACAAGAUUCGCACGGGCGGCCUUCCGCGGAUCCGUUCGCCCGCGGUCAGCACGGAAGUAUCCCAGAUCUGAUGUACGGUAUCCCGGGACAUGGGAGACCAAUGACCCAAAAGAGUUCCUGCAUUCUCCAUUCUGUCAGCUGACCGAUGCCGAGCUCCGUUCCAUGGUUCUGGGUCGGCACAGACCCACUGAUAUGGAAUUUGACUUCGAUAGAAAGUUUGACCAAUGAAGACGUCAAGAUCACCAGUACCGCAGCAUUUGUCCUGUGCAUCUGUAGGACGCAGUACUCACAGCCAAUCAAGGUAGCAGUUAAGCGAGAUCUUU